UUUUGAUGCCCGCGAAUGGUCAUAUGCUUCCCUGAGGGGAUCGAUAUCUACUUCGAAAAUGUGGGCGGAAAGAUGCUCGAUGCAGUGCUGCUCAACAUGAAACUUCAUGGCCGAAUCGCGGCGUGUGGAAUGAUCUCACAGUACAACCUCGAGCAGCCCGAGGGUGUACACAACUCGAUGAACAUCAUCCUGAAGCAGGUUCGAGUGGGAGGCUUCUUGGUGUUUGAUCACUAUCAUCACUACCCGAAGUUCCUGGAGAUGGUAUUGCCUCAGAUCAAAGAGGGAAAGAUUGUGUACGUGGAAGACAAUGUUGAAGGGCUCGAGAAUGGUCCGGCAGCUCUUGUCGGGCUGUUCUCAGAUCGCAAUGUCGGGAAACAAGUGGUCGUGGUUUCUCGCAAAUGAGUUACCUUUCUAUACUUUGUCAUCCGCAUAGUCCCUUUUUCUCUGGUG